CAAUUAUUUCCAUACCUGCCCAACGUGAAGCCAUUGCUUCUCUUGAUGAAGGCUUUGCUUUUGACACCUUCUCAGCUUCUCCCUCCAACUUUCCAUGGAGAAGAGCCCCACAACCCAUUAGUACAUAAAUCAAGAGAAGAAGCAGAGCAACAACAAAUAACCAGCAACACCACUCCGGGGGAAUUCAGUUUCCCUCUAAUUAAAUACAUUGUUUUUUCAUAGGAAAAACCAAAAAAAAAAAAAAUGAACGAUCUUAUUUCAAGUUCGUUCAGGCGCCAGGCUUCUUUAGACCUGGAGGCUGGAGGCGAGGCUGGGAAAGAGACAACGAAUCUUGAUAAGUUCUUUGAAGAUGUAGAGAAUGUCAAAGAUGACAUGAAAAUUAUAGAGAAGCUGUACAAGAGAUUACAGGAAUCAAAUGAAGAAAGCAAAAAUGCCCACAAUGCAAAAACCAUUAAAGAAGUUCGAUCACGAAUGGAUUCAGACGUUGAGCAAGUCCUCAAACGAGUCAAAGUGAUUAAAGCUAAGCUACAGGCACUUGAAAAUUCUAAUGCAGAACAAAGAAAACUUCCAGGCUGUGGUCCAGGCUCAUCAGCAGAUAGAACCAGGACUUCUGUUGUUGCUGGUUUAGGGAAGAAGCUUAAGGAUUCGAUGGAUGAUUUUCAAAAAUUUAGGGCUAAAAUGACAGCUGAAUACAAGGAAACAGUUGAGAGAAGGUAUUUUACUAUAACUGGAGAGAAAGCAGACGAAGAAAUGAUUGAAAACUUAAUAUCAAGUGGUGAAAGUGAAAAUUUUCUUCAAAAGGCAAUUCAAGAACAGGGUCGUGGGCAAAUUAUGGACACCAUUUCUGAGAUUCAAGAGAGGCAUGAUGCGGUAAAGGAGAUUGAAAAGAAUUUAAUUGAACUUCACCAGGUUUUUCUGGACAUGUUUGCACUGGUAGAGGCACAAGGACACCAACUCAAUGACAUUGAGAGCCACGUGGCGCAUGCGAAUUCGUUUGUGAGGAGAGGGACCGAACAGCUGGAGGUUGCCAAGGAGAUCCGACAAAAUAACAGAAAAUGGACUUGCAUUGCCAUAAUGUUGGUUGCUGUUCUGAUUGUUGUUUUACUUUUUCCAAUUUUAUUCCAGAUUUUACUCCACAAGAUGUAGUGCUGUGUUGGUGCCAAUGUCACCUUUGGCCAUGGUUUGUCUUCAAGAACAAAAACAGUUUCCUGUUUUCUGAUUCUUCCUGCAAGGUUGUUUCAUAGAGAAGUUCUCUUCUUUAAUCUUUUGGAAUUUCA